AUGACAGACUCCGAUUACCACCACCAUGCACACGAGAAGAAGCCUUUGACCUUCUUCGCCUCCCCACUUGCCAGCGACGAGCAUCUCGAUGACGCCAUGCAGCACCAACCUUCCUCCCUCUUCGUCGCAAACCUCACAACAUUCACCUCCCUCAAAGAAAUAAACGACUCCGCCUCCCUCCGCGCCUACAUCGGUUUCUUCGCCCUCCUCUGGCUAACCUGGUACUCAAACUCCCUCUACCACGUACGUUUCACCGCCGACUGCAUCUUCGAGCGGAUAGCAAAAGCGCUUCACUUCGGCGUCAUGAUUGGUUUCGCCGUUGUGGGACCUGCAUGGGAACCUGGGAAACCGUCGUAUUCGCUCCAGAAAUACCAGGUUUUGUCCUUCAUACUUAUGGUUAGUAGAUUGGUUCUUGCGGCCCAGUAUGAUAUGACGCUUUACUUUGUACGCCGGUAUAAAGAUACGAUAUUGCCGUUGGGUCUGGUGGUUGCGAGUACGCUGACGGCGGCGGUGCUGUAUGGGGGCAUUACGGCGGCGUUGCCAGCGGAACAGUGCGAUGUUGUAAGAGAGGUGUGCGAGGGGAUUAUUGUCAUCUGCAAGGCUGUGUCAAAAUUGGUCAAGAUUGGGAGUUAUUUUGAUAGUAGGGUUACGGGACAGAUUGUUGCGGGACAGAUUGUUGCGGGACAGAUUGUUGCGGGUGUGGUUAUUAUUGACCUCCUUUACAUGCUCUACUUUGACCGCAUGCACGAAGACCACUUCGGCACCAUAAAACAGCAAAUCUGGGCCUCCCUCCACUUUUUCCUCCACAUCAUGCUUGUGCUCGUGCUACAAGGCAUAUCCUACCUAAUAAUGUGGGUUGUCGCCCUCCUGCGUCUGGACCGCCUCGACACCCGCUUCCGCACCAUCGAAGCUGCCUCCGUCGCCUUCUCCUACCCCAACGGCACCGACUUCGCUAACACGCUCCGCAAAAACAUCGAUACCUAUCUCUGGAACACUGUUCCCAAGGGAGUUGACGCAAGUAAAGCCCUGGGGGUCUGGAAUGCCAGUUUAACAACCCUGGCGCAGGGGUAUGAUGGUAUGUUGCACGAUAGAAAGAAUAUGAGUGCGGUGGCAGUCAUGAAGCAGAGUUUGAAUAUAGCGGAGAGUAUGGCGAUUCAGACUAUGUUUGAUAGUUUGGGUGUGUCUGUGCCGAAGGAUGAGGCGGGGUAUGCGGACGUUGUACCGGAUAAAGCGAAGGCGCUUGAUAAGAUGGACCUUCUGAAGAAGUAUGAGAAGAGGUUUGAAUUGGCGUUUGAUUAUGUUUUUCUUUCGGCUGGCCUUGCUCUUACUUUCAUAGCAUAUAUCGCGUUCCUCUCUCUACAACAGGAAAGACGCCAUCUGUGUGAGUACCUUCGCCUCCUUGUCAUGCUCGUCACUGGCUUCACUAUUUGCCUCAUCUGUCUCGUCACCACAAACAAGAAAGAGCAAAAGGUGUACAUGGAGAGUGCGUGGAUGCUGCCGACAAUUUGUAUCUUGUUCUUUCUUUGUGUGGUGGCGAGGCAUAUAAGGAGGCCGAAGUGGAUGAAGAGGGAGAAGGCGGAGUAG